CUCUUUUCCUUCUCUCUUUCUCCUCUCACACACAAACUAACACAGACCGGUUCCAUGUCGGGCAGUUUUUCUUACACCGCCCAAGUGCAAGGAUGGCUGAUGAAGCAGAGACAUGGAAUCUGUAAAUCGUGGCUUCGACGCUUCUUUGUCCUGGACGGCAAUGAACUUCGAUACUACAAGAACGAGAUGGACAGUAUCCCGCAGUGCGUGAUCAACCUUGAGAACUAUCAAGUCGUCAUCGACGUCAUUCCCAUCGCCCUCCCUCUCAUUCUUAAGAAACAGCCGCAGCGCCAAUAUACAUUUUUACUACUAUCGAACGACAAGCAAAAGACCGAACGGUCAGAUUUGUUUCUGCAAGCCGAGACCAAAGAAGAGCUGGAUAUCUGGGUCAACGCUUUGCAAUUGCACCAAAUGAACGAUUCAACGAGCGUCUUGGACAAAUGGCUGGAACGAUUAGAUGACAUGCACAGCACAACUCCACCACAAGCUCCACAUUCCGCAUCAGCCUCUACUUCGGCCUCGUCUGCGUUUUUGUCGCCAACAAAACAACAGCGCCAUAAUAAUCAUCAUCAACAUCAUCAGACACGACCACCUCUGCGAGGACAUCGUUCUUCUGAAUCACUUGCUAGUAGUGUAAGCUCAGCGGGUUCACACUCUACAGUCACGACGAGCCAUCGGUCCUCAUUUGCUGAGCUUCGACGAACAUCGAAUCCAUCGACCCUGUCGUCUGCAACAUCUUCACCCUCGACUGCAAAGGAUAACAAGUUCUUUGCAAACUUGUUUCACCACUGGCCGCGAUCAAAAUCGCCUGCCCGUGGCGCUAGUCCAUCGCCACCUCCUCCAUCGAGGGAUGGGUUCUAUGACGACCGACAGCAAGAACAACAAGAGGAGCAUCAGCAAGGGUCAUCAGAAGCGGUUGUAAUUGCUCCUGCGCUCCCUAUCAUCCAUCCUAGUGAAUACAAUAAAAUGUACGAGGAAGAUGAUGACGAAACGAGCAGCAACAACGAUGCUACACCAAUGACAACAUCGUCGUCUUCAUCAGAAUCCUUGUCGUCAAACAAUAAUAGCAACAACAGCAACGAUACUAAUAGUAAUGACAUGAAGAAGGCGAAGCGCCAAUCGUUGGCCUCAAGACGUAACAUUCAGGUUGAACCCAUCACAAACCCGAAUCGGCUUUCACGUGGCAGAUCAUGUUCCUCCUUGGUCAUGUCAGAUAGUAGCACUGAUUCGAUUGUCGAUCGUUUCCCACGUGUAUUGACAACUCCCACAUUGGGCGCAAGCAGAGUCAAUGGUGCCUCGCUUGAUCAGCCGGCCAAUUGAUUUUGUUGCUUUGCUCCUGCUAUGACCAACCACUACGCGUACCGACUUAUAAUGUAUAUAACAUCAGACACAUCAAGAAACUACAACCACCCCGUAAUAUUAGUCCUUUAUUCUCACUAUUUUUUUCUUAUCAAACAGUAACGUUCUCCCACUAAUGCUACUGUUGCUUUCUUUUCCCCCGUCCUUCCUCCCAACUCUAAAUUAAAGCAUCACAUCAUCACCAUCAGACAAGACAAGACGCAGCAUAUAUCAUAAAUCAUCAUUACUAGUAUUAAAAGCAAAAAAAAA